GAGAGGACUGCUAGCGCCUGCGCAGAACUGAAGAGGCCUGGACGCCGAGAGAUUCAAAUUAGUGGCGGGAGGCUCUGAGGCGAGUGGUGCGGCCCGCUGGCGCCUGGAGUCCGGUUCCGCUGUGCUCACCAAUGGACCCGAUCCGGAGCUUCUGCGGGAAGCUGCGGUCUCUGGCCAGCACCCUAGACCGCGAGACGGCCCGGCUGCAGCGAGCGCUGGACAGAGAGGAAAGCGAUUUUGAAGAUUAUCCAGUGAGAAUUUUACAUGACCUUCAUUCAGAAGUCCAGACUCUAAAGGAUGAUGUUAAUAUUCUUCUUGAUAAAGCAAGAUUGGAAAGUCAAGAAAGCAUUGGUUUCAUAAAGGCAACAAAAAUAUUGAUGCAGAAAAAUUCAAUGGAUAUUAUAAAAAUAAAAGAGGUUUUCCAGAAGUAUGGAUAUAAUCCACGUGUCAAGAAAAAUUCAGUGUGUGAGCAAGAAGUCAUUGACUCUAACCCAGAGUUGUCUAAGUGUGAAAUUUUUCAAAAGCCUGACGCGAAGGAUGAUCUGUGUGAUCCUACUGUUGCUAGCAAUUCUGUUUCUGAGAAGUCUCCACGUAGUCCGCAACUUUCAGAUUUUGGACUUGAGCGGUACAUGAUAUCCCAAGUUCUACCAAAACCUCAGCAGGCAAUAAAUGACCAGAAGGAAGAGCCCAAAAUUAUAACUCCAGCUACCAGAGAAUCACCAGUUAAAUUACUAAAAACUCCAAAAUGUGCACUAAAGAUGGAUGAUUUUGAGUGUGUAACUCCUAAAUUAGAGCACUUUGGUAUCUCUGAAUAUACUAUAUGUUUAAAUGAAGAUUAUACAAUGGGACUUAAAAACGUGAAGAAUAAGAAAAGUGACAAGGCCAUAGAAACAGAAUCCAUGACCAAUGAUAAUUACUUUGCUACUCCUGGCCCCAUAAUCCAGCGGUUGGAAGAAAGUGAUGUCAAGUAUACAAAUUCCCCCUUGGCACCUACAUUCUGCACUCCUGGUUUGAAAAUUCCUUCUACAAAGAACAGCACAGCUUUGGUAUCCACAAAUUAUUCACUAUCAAAAACAAAUAGUUCAUCAGAUGAUUUGGAAGUUAAAGAUUGUACUUCUGUAAUUUUAAAUUCAGACAAGUGCUUUGAGAAUCUUGCAGAUCCCUCUUCUCCCAUGAUUUCUUCUUAUGAGAAUCUGCUCAGAACACCUACACCUCCAGAAGUAACUACGAUUCCAGAAAAUAUUCUCCAGAUUUUAUCAAAAUACAACUCAAACCUAACUACUCCAGUAGCAGUUAAAGCAGUGCCACCCCACAAAGGGUUCCUCAAAUAUGAAGGAAAGAACAUCCAAGGUGUUGGCAACAAAGAAAACUGAACUUCUAUUGCAUUCAUCCAUUACAGAAACUGAACAGCUGAGAUGAAAACAGGGCUGGACUCACUUUGUUAUUCCCAUUCCCCUACCUCUUUCCCCCUUUUUCAAACCAACUCAUUUCAGAGAGGAACAUGGACAUUGGUGUAACCAUA